AUGUCUAAUUUACACCACCGAAUGCCUACCACCUUUGGGCCAUUCCCAGGACCGCGCCAAUCGUUCAACGGACGUGCUCGUGACGGCUCUGGAAUAAGCAACGUAGAAGCCUUCAUCGCAUUCAAGGCCAAGCAAUCCGAUCUUGUCAGUCUCCUACCCCUUACUUUCUCUUUCCAGAAACCAGGUCCGGAAGCCUAUGUCAGCAUCACAGCCAAACACCUAGAUAAUCUAGAAUGGCUUGCCGGCCGUGGAUACAACCUCCUAAGCGUUUACAUCCACGGCGUGCGGAAGAAGACGGCUGAGCAUAUCGGGGCACUUAUCUUCCCUGGGCGGGAGGAGUUGGGUUUCCCGAAACUAUACGCGGAUCUUAACAUCUCGCAAACAGAAAGCAUAUAUUCGAUGAUGGCGAGCUGGGAAGGAUCGAAAUUUGCCGAAUUUAGCCUUAGAGGCCUCCGCACGGAAGAAGAUCGGGACGGGAUGGGGUCCCGGCGGCUGGCACCCCCUGAAGCUGGGGUCGAUGAGGGGAUCCUUCUAUGGCGCUACAUGCCUUCGACGGGGCGUCCUGGGCAAGCAGAUGUGGAGUACCCUGUCUUUGUCUCACAUGCAGAGGAAGCAAAGAAGCAACAAGCUAGGGUGAUCAAGAGGUUAACUGCGGGGGAAGGGGAAUUCAAGUGGUAUCCUUUGGACUGGCAGGCUUUGCCGACGUUACACCACAUCGUCGCGCGGCUGGAACGGAUCCAGACAUUGAAUUUGGUGGCUUGCGGUCUCGUGGAGAAGGCCGGCGGAGGUGAUCUCUCUUCGGCAAGGAGAGUUGGAAGCGAGCAGCCGAGUUUAUAA